AAUGUGUGCAUACGACUAGGGUACUUAAAGCUGAAUCUUACUGGUCGUGCAAAUCAUAGUAGUGUUUUCAUCCAAUCAUUAUGAUUAGGCUGAUCAAUCCCGAAGGCCGUAUAAAAUGAUGACGCUCCUCCCUGCCUCAGGCGAUAGACCGGCUAGUCUCGAAACAGCUGAGGAUAGGGCUUAGGUCAUAGGGUACAGGGUUGCUGCGAUCCAUGGAAACAUGUCGAUCUCGACUUCUCUAUCAGUCCUUCCGUCAAUGGAACCCGGGCGAUCAGAAACAAUGCAAUUUCCGCCGUUGCAAGGCCAGAAACAUGCUGUGAACGAAGUUUGUUAGCUCCUACACAUUAUUCUUCUCUGAGCAGCCCAAAUUCCCCGUCGCUAGCAAGUCGAUACCCCGCGACCCAAAGGAUUAUUUCAAAACAUGUACGACCCAAUGGAUGUACAAGAGAUACUCCGCGGCGUAGAGCCACUUCCUGGAGAGGUAAUCCCUGUCAGAACUGUUCAAGAGGCGCGACCCCGUGAAGAAUUCGCGGAUGCAUAUGUAGCAGAAAUCAGCGUGAAAAGUGCUUCGAAAGUGAUAAAGGCUUUGGAUAGUGCCUAUCCUCGCGAUCCUUCUCGUCCUCUGAACCAUCUUCGACGCUUCGCAAAGCAUACCCAGCUACCCGAUGGCCUACGAUCCACCCUUAUAAAGGGAGAGCCAUCGACACAGACCAUUUUCACUCUGAUUACACCUCCUUUACCCGAAGCAGAAACACUUCAGAAGCUAUUGGCUCCUUUUGCGCCACCAUCAGAAAUCCCGUCCGAGCCGACUGAGGAGGUAGGGAAUAUUGAACUCCAGACUAUUUGCGUCCCACUGGAGCCACCCUUGACGGCUGAACAAGCUGAGAAAUGGUCUAAAACCAUGUGGCCUGUCGUCUUCAACCCUGCGACCCCUAGAGCUACCCUUGCGCCACCUCCUCAAACCUUGAACCGUGUUCUUGACUCCAUCAAGCCGAAGGCAGGACGCUAUCUAGCCCUGGCGCGCAAGGUUGCCGAUGAAGCAGAGGUUUCUGGACUAGGACGCAGGGUUGGCGCAGUGGUUGUCGAUCCAGAACUCGAGGCUCAGAUUGGUGCGACCAACGAGAAUGUAGGAAUCCAUUGGGCCGAUGCCAUUGUGGCUGUUGCAGGUGACGUACGAUACGCACGCCGAGAGGCCGGAGCAAUGUCAGAAUCAGAACGACAGCUAGGUGCAGGGCCCAAUCCCAAUGUGCAGAAGUAUAAUUCAGACGUAGAAGGCGGACCGGAGCUACACGCGCUAAUGCGCGCCGCGGACUUGGUUGCUGAUGGGAGACGUAAACAAGAUGGAAACGAGUCUAACGAAAAUAUACCUUUAAAUCGAUUAGAGGAGUUUUUCCUUUCUCAAUCGAACGUCUCUCAUUCCGAGCUAUUGGCUGACUCCGAUGAUUCAUCGCCUGUGCCGGGAAAGUAUCAGAAAACAGAUACCGGAGCCAUCCCCAAAUCUAGCGACAGUUUGCGAGAACCCCGACUUCGCUCGCGUGCUCAAGGCGGCUACCUCUGCACGGACCUUGACGUGUACUUGACACAUGAGCCUUGCAUUUGUUGCUCGAUGGGCCUUCUUCUUUCGCGGUUUCGAGCGGUUAUAUUUCCCCGACAAGGACGGAUGAUAACAGGAGGUCUGGCAUCGGAACCUGUCAUUGCACCAGUCCCAGUGUCGGACCCUGCGGACGAGAACUCUGAAAUAACGCAGGAUCAGAAUCAGCACGAGUCAGAAGAUAGAAAGCCCAUUGAGCAUGCCGAGCCCCAGUCAGGCCGGUUGUACUAUGGAUUGCACUGGCGGAAAGAAUUGAACUGGCGGGCUAUGGGAUUCGAGUUCGUCGAGGAGGGAGUCACAGAGCAGAGUGCUGAGGAAGGCCUGGCCUUUCACGCAUAACACCUACACAAGAUUAGAAAACAGCAUGUACUAUAUAGACCUCCGGAGACACGAUCUACGAAUUAGGGAGGGACAUAGAACUUAAAUCCGAUGACAGUAUCAAUGAUAACCGCUA